ACACACAACGCCAUGUGACUGAUAGGCCACAUACUUUGCUCCUGCUGGUUUCCGUUAUAGUGGGGAGUGAUGAAGCCACUUUUAGGGCAGGGUUUAACCAAGAAAGAAAGGGGAAAAAAACAUGAUUUAAAUAACAAACUGACAAAACAAUCCCGCGAGAAUCCAAACUAGGUUUACCAUGGCUAUAAGGGAACUGAAAGUAUGUCUACUUGGGGACACAGGGGUUGGGAAAUCGAGUAUUGUUUGCCGUUUCGUCCAGGACCAUUUUGAUCAUAACAUAUGUCCCACAAUAGGUGCAUCUUUUUUGACUAAGACAGUCCCCUGUGGCAAUGAGCUUCACAAGUUUCUAAUUUGGGACACAGCUGGGCAAGAAAGGUUUCAUUCUUUGGCACCUAUGUACUACAGAGGAUCAGCAGCGGCUGUUGUAGUAUACGACAUCACUAAACUGGACUCAUUUAUAACAUUAAAGAAAUGGGUUAAAGAGUUAAAGGAGCAUGGCCCAGAAGACAUUGUAGUUGCCAUUGCAGGAAACAAGAGUGAUCUUGGUGAUAUCAGAGAGGUUCCUGUAAAAGAAGCUAAGGAAUACGCUGAGUCAAUAGCAGCUGUUUUUGUAGAAACCAGUGCUAGGAAUGCUGUUAAUGUUGAGGAACUCUUUCAAAAAAUCAGUUGGCUGAUCCCACCACUGGAUCCUCAAGAACUAGAAAAUAGUGAAACUUUUAAACUGACAAGACAGCCAGCAUCACCUAGCAAACGCUGCUGCUAACAGGAGAAAAACACAUCGGAACAACCUAGAUGUCUGACAUAAUUUCAAUCAGACAUACUGGAAAAUGAGAUCAUUGGCUUCACUCCGCAAGAGAAGGCACACAUUUGUUCUUUCAAAGAACAUAUAUCCCAAAAGUAAAAUAAAUAAAUAAAAUAAAUACAAAAUUCCGAAACAAUAUAUAUUUUUUGGCAUAUCCCCGGUUUUACGUUACUGUCUGAGAUCAGGUAUAUAUUCUUCCCUUGAUGUCUACUAAAGUAUACAUUUUUUCACCUACAACCGAGGUGAUUUUAGCUUAUGUGGAUGUCAGGGAUGUAAUGCUACAGACAGUUGUCAAACUGAAGCUGGCUUUUAUUGGAAUGGAGUUAGCUGGAGUUAGUUCAGUGCGUCUUUGCCCCCUAACCAAUAAAUGUUUUGCACCUUAAGCAGACAUUUCAACAGGAUACCAGUGUUGUAGUUCCAUGUGUUUUCAUUACUGUAGAUUAUUAUUUUAAUUUUGCCUGUCAGCACCUAUUUAAUCUUUUCUUGUAUUACUUCUAAUUGUUUAUGUACAAUUUUAUAGAGCAAAAAUAAAGUGCCCUUAAUAGAUAAAGUCAUAAAUACAUUUAAAAAAAGUGUUUUUGGACAUGCAAAUUCUGUUGGUGAUAGCCUUUGAAAUGUAGAAUGCUAAUUAAAAUAAUAAAAAACGCCACAUGAUUUCAUUUAUAGAAAUAAAAUAAUAGAGCAGGGACUUAAACAGAGGUUUGUUCCAAAUGAAAACCAAAAAAAUACCCCACAGAAUAAAGAGUGUACGUAGACUUCAUUAUGCGAGAUUAAGCUGUGAAAAUGUGCCUGGAGGUGUUGUGUGAGCACUACAGUCGAGUGUUGCAGAUUAAAUAUCAUAAGGUAAAUAUAUAAGAAUUGUUGUGAUGCAGUGAAAUAAGAGUGCUCUGAGAGGCUAUGCCAUUGCAGGCCAGAUCUACAUAACAGUCAUCAACAAUACCUGCCAAUGUGUUUUGUUUGAGAAUUAUGGAGGAGUAAUUUAGUUUUCCGAGUUAAAAUUAAACAUCCUGAUUCUGUAUUUGAUGGCAGUGGAGCACUGACUGGGAGCAUUAUCUAUGAAUUAGAUCCAUAUUAAAGUCGUCUAUAGCACUGCACUCAAUGUAGAAAAAUAUACCAUAUAUUGAAAAGCAUUUUAACAGAAUAUGAUUUUGACAUUGUUCCUAAAAUGAUCUGUACAUGUACCACUUACCUAUUUGAAAUGUGGCUGAUUUAGUAUAAUCUAAUGAUCUGUUAACAGACAAUCUGAAAGAAUUGGUGGUUAGAAACCGAAUUGUGAUUCAGCCAUGCUAAUAAGGUAUGCAUUUAAAAAAAAAAAAAAAAAAAAGAACAGUUUACAACAGCAAUAAGGCAUUUCUGGACAGAUGUAACCAUGCUUUCUCUGGGCAGUGCCAUUCAUUUAGUUAUGGUGUUGGCAACUGGCUACUUACCUAUUUUGUGUCUUUGUGUUUAAGGACAAAGUGCCUUACGAUGUGGUGGAGUGUGUACAUACAUCCGUACUCCUGGCACACUUGUUUUGUCACAUAGGUUUUGCAUAGGUCCAAUUAUAACGAAACCUGCCAAGGGGAUUCAUUAGCACAUGUUACUGACUGUAUCAGGGAGUAUAUGGACACUGUCUGUCAGUCUGACUGACCAGCUGACUGUAUGUUACCCUGACAUUUUUACAUGUGCAUGCAGUGGAUACAGAUCAUGGUCUGGUUCUUCUGAUUGCUCUAACUUUUAACUUAUAUAUAAGAUGAAUAUCACUGGCAUGCUUAUUUACUAUUACUAUCUCUAGUUGACUUAUAUGACAAUGAGAAUGCUCCUUUUAUAGUCCAAUAAGCAGAAAUCAAAUGGCAUUACAUAUUAUUUAUUUGUCUGUGACAGUGUAAUAUUGUAAUCUUGUACAAUCUUUUACAACUCUUUUUUUUAAAAUUUGAAAUGGGACAUCAGUACACCAUCACAGAAGAUAAUUAACGUAGAAAGACCCCAAUAUAACCCUAAAAUCAAUGCUCAUUCAAAUGUCUUAUAUAGCGAUUUAGUGUUACGCAUAUUAAACACAUGGACCUCUAUUAAGAGGCAUGGUUCUGGAAUAGUAGAUUGUGCUUAGUCUUGUACAGCUAAAACACAAUGGGUUAAAUUUGCCAUAGUGUUAUAAAAUAAUUAAAUGGCUUGGUUUGGGUGCUUUUGUUCUGUGUUGCUGUAUUGCUCUACUGACCUGUAGAAGUUGCUACUCAAUGUUGACAGGUGUUGAGAGAGUAUCUUAGAAUAACAUGAAGAAGGCAAUUAAUACCCAUAUGAAGGCUUUCUCUUGGAACCAAACCCCUCAUGCAUUGCCCCCAGCCUAAGUAUUGUUUAAACCACUGUACAAUAUUUAAUGCCUUAUCUCCUUACUGAAACAGGGCACAAUGCGUUCUGUUAAGUGGGCUGGUUCUACAAAACAGAAUGUGCUUGUGCCAAAUUAAUGUACCUUAAUGUCAAUAUUAAUUCACUGUUUACCUAAAUAUAUUCACUAUGCAAAUCUUCCUAAGAUUUUAUCUUAAUCUUGUCUUAAUAAACUUUGUUAAUAUUA